GAGAAUAGGCCUACAGCCCUAGGCAAGUCAUAUUGCAUAGACGAUACAAAUUUGAUAUGAUGUAUCAUCAGUAUUAUCCGAUGCCUAUAGCUGUCACCCUGUCAAUCAUAUGAUACGCCUACCUUUAAUUUAUACGGGAACAAAUUGUUAUCCAGGAAGCUCUUCUGAGGACAGGCUGCGUUUGAUCGAAAGCUUGAUCUAACUUUUGGGAUAAUACUGACCUUUGUACUAUCGUUCUUUGUGAGAAACGGGUUCGGUUGAAACGUCUAUAAAACUAAGCAAUGGCCUCGCUGUCACGGCUCGUGCGCUCCCUGUCCGCUGAACCAUAUAUAGCCGGUGUCGUGACAGCUUCGUAUUCUACAGCAUUCGCCUCUUCGCAGCGAAAGGCAGUGAAAUCGCAAGGACCUGGAAAGGGAGCUCCGCAUUCGGAACGCCGUGUAAGAUUCCAGUCACAGUUUUCUCGAAGCGCCAGGAUGGCGGAGAUCGAGCACGCUGGUACCAUGAUGACGUCAUCAAGGGAGUCGGAAAAGGAAUUCCUCAGGAAAGUCUUUGAGCUGAUUCUGAAAGAAGGAGUGGAGAAGCAACUGAAUGGCGAUUGUAAAGUUGUGAAUUUCAAGCAUCCUGAUGAACUGUUCAAAACGUUCGACUUCAAGAUCCAAGAUGACCCAGAGACAACUGAACGGCUGUUAGAACUUUGUCAAGAUACAUAUGACUACAGUGUGAAAACGGGUCAUCCACAAUUCUUCAACACAAACUUCAACGGUCAGGAUACGUUUGGUCUGGCUGGAGCCAUGAUCUCAGACUCACUCAAUACAUCUCAGUAUACCUAUGACAAUGCUCCUGUCUUCACAUUAAUGGAACACGAGGUGUUGGGAAAAAUCAGGGAUCUUUGUGGGUUUGAGUCUGGAGAUGGAAUACUCACUCCUGGCGGUACGCUUGCAAACCUCUUCGCAGUUAAUCUUGCCAGAUAUCGAAUCAACCCUAACUUCAGAAAACAAGGAAUAUAUGGCUCACAACCUAUGAAGAUAUUUGUAUCAGAUCAGAGCCACUACUCAUUCGUGAAGGGUGCCGUUUUCAUGGGCAUUGGAACGGAUAACCUGGUAGUUAUUCCAACAGAUGACAGGGGGAAGAUGAUUCCUGAGAAACUGGAAGAAGCCAUAAUAUCCGUUAAGGAACAGGGCCACAUUCCAUUGAUGGUGGUAGCAACAUGCGGUUCAACGGUCCUCGCGUGCUACGAUCCCCUGGAAGCCAUGGCUGACAUAUGCCAAAGACACGGGGACAUCUGGCUACAUGUGGAUGCUGCAUGGGGUGGAGGAGCCUUGAUGACCCGGAAGUACAAGCAUCUGAUCAAAGGGAUCCAUCGGGUCAAUUCGAUGACUUGGUGUCUCCACAAGAUGAUGGGCGUGCCUUUCCAGUGCACGUCUUUCGUCACUAAUGGCAAUAAGGACCUAAUGACUAAAUGCCACGCUGCGAAUGCCGAGUAUCUGUUCCAGCCUGACAAAUUCUAUGAUGUCUCUUAUGACACUGGUGAUAAGACCCUACAGUGUGGCCGGAAAGUGGAUAUCUUCAAACUAUGGCUGAUGUGGAAGGCAAAAGGCAACAAGGGCUUUGAUGCAGAGACUACUCACAAAUUCGAUAUGGCCAGAAACUUAGCAGAACUAAUCAAAAAUACUGAGGGAUUUCAACUUGUUCAAGAGCCUGAAUGUACAAAUGUGGGUUUCUGGUACAUCCCUCCAUGUCUCAGAGGUCAGGAACAAAAUGAAGAUUACUUCCGGCGUCUGAACAAGGUUGCCCCUAUCAUCAAGCGAGAGAUGACACUGGCGGGUUCUCUCCUCCUAACGUUCCAGCCCAACGAAAUCAAGUCGCAUGUCAACUUCUUCAAGGUCGGCAUAGGAAGUGCCCGCGUCAAAGACGAAAACAUCGCUUUUAUUCUGGAUGAAGUCGAAAGGCUGGGGAAAGAUAUUGAAGUGUAAACCACCCUCUUAAAUCAUGUAGAUUAAAAAAAUCUUCUUAAUCAUUUUGAGACUUGUAUUUUUGUAUUGAAAACCAACAAUUAAUACACUGCCGCUGGUUUUAUGUUUAGGUAUUAUGACAGGAAAAGUUUCUGGUCUUAGAAUAUAGAAGUCCGGUGGAGGGCGGGCACAAAUAUAGGUAUAAGUUUCGGAAUUAAAUCCUUAAUCUUUGGUACUUUCAUUGAUGUUUUUACAAGAAAGACCAGUAUUAACAUGAAGAUAAAAUGUUCAAGUCUUGUAAUUCUACACUGCAUAAACUCCGGUGUUGAUUUAACACCAGCCCGGAAGCUAUAUAAUUAUGUCCACACCAGAGAAGUAUUUAAAUAACACCAGUUUGGAAUCAAACCGAUGCAGUUUUAAUACUAAUUGGUGUUGUACAAACACCUAUAUGGUGUUAGACCAAAACGAAACUGAUGUUGUUUAACACUUCUCUGGUGUGGACAUAUAUAGAUUCCGGGCUGGUGUUAGAUUAACACCAGAGUUUUUGCAGUGUAUAUCAAUCUGUUUUAAAGUACACAUGAUGAAAUUCGAAUAGUGGGCCUAUUUUAAUUAGAUACGACGAUGCAAGACUAUUACUACCUGCUUUACAAAUUAUGUGAUAAGUAAAGAGAAUGAAUGAAAAUAAUUCAUACAGGUUCAAUAUAUAGCAAUGUAACAAAACAGCCCAUUAUACAUGUUAGAAGUAAAACAUUUUUUUUUCAAAUAAAUUAUGUAAAUGUGACUGAAAUAUAUAACUUUAGUGAUUAUUAUUUUUCUUCUUUACUUGUCAAGUCCAUCCAAGAACAAUGUUGAUUCGAAAAAUCAAACAAAUAUAACGCUAAAAAGUUCAUCAAAAUCGAAUGUACAAUAAGAAAGUUAUGACAUUUUAAUGAGUCGCUUACUUUUCACAAACCAGUUAUAUAUGCACAACUUGGUGAUAUUCAAAUGAGAAAGUCGAAGAUGUCCUCACCACUUCUUUUUAUUUUUCAUUUUUAUUUUUUUACAGUUUUAACUAUAAAAGAGUUAUACAAUAUUUCAAUUCUACAUGUUCAGGGAGGAAUACAACUUUUUAACAUGACAAUAUGUCAUAUGAGAGAUUACAACAGAAAAAAAGUGAGUGGGUGAUGUCAUCAGUCCCCUCAUUUACAUACCGACUAGGAUGUGAACAAUUUUAUUUUUUAAAUCAGCGAAACUCUGAAAUGUCAUAACUUUCUUAUUUUACUUCCGAUUUUGAUGAAAUUUACAAUGUUAUUCUUGUUUGAUGUUUCUCUAUUUUAUUCAAAUCAACUUUUCGUUUGGGUUGACUUAUCUUGUACAUAAUCAGUGGCGUAACUACGGGGGAGGGGGCAUGGAGGCACGUGCAUCCACCCCCACCCCUCCCCAUCGGCUGCCCCCCCCCCCCCAAAAAAAAAAAAAAAAAAAAAAAAAAAAAACAGGGAAAAGGAAAAAGGAGGGAGAAAGGGAGAGAAACGUAAAGGGAAAUAAGAAAUUAUUGUUCCUUAUGUUAUAUUAUAUAAUAAUUAUGUUAUGUUAUAAAACAUUUUUAAAAAUCAUAACUUUAUGAAGAAAAAAAAUAUGCUCAGGGCCUAUGUCUUCAUUGUUCCUGGUGCUCGUAUUGUCUGUUUAACGUGUUCAAGUCAAUAUACACCAAAUAUAUUUCCUCGCACUUCGAAUCAUUAUUGUUUUAUGUCGUGACAUAUUCUUCUUUUUCAUGACUGUUUAAAGUGAUUGCCCCAUUUUAAGGUCUUAAUAAAAAAAAUUUCCUUUCCGUGCUUACGUUCGCAUUAGUAGAUUGGUGAGAUAUGUCUCCUCUUCAUGAAUUCUUAAAAGCAGUCCUUAAAAUGUCCCUUUUUUCUGACUGCAUAUCAAAAAUUUUCAACUUGCGCUUCGCGCUCGCAUCAUUUGGUUAGUGAAAAACGCAUGGUCUUCGUGAAUUUCUACAAACAAGCCUUAAAAUGUUCAAAUUCAGGUCUGAAUUUCCGGCGCGCUCGCAAUAUUUGAUUAGUGAGAUGCGUAUGUUAAUCAUGAUUACCACAAGUGCUUCAUGUGUUUAGAUAAUUCUAACAAAAUAAGCGUUUGACACUCGCAUUAGAUGACUAUAGUGAGAUAUUAAUACUCUUAAUGGAUUUCUUUUUUUAAAAAUGUCCUUAAAAUGUCCCUGUUUGGGGUCAAUAUAUACAAAAAUUUCAGCUCGCGCUUCGCGCUCGCAUUGUUUGUUUAGCGAGACAGAUACGUAUCAUGAUUACAAAAAUUUGCUAUUCUAAUGUCCCCUUUUAGGUCUGAAUAUUAUACAAUUUCAGCUCGCGCUCGCAUUAUGACUGUGAUCCGUUUAAUGGCACUGUCCUUAAAAUGCCUCUAGUAGGUCAGUAUACCUGGCAACUUCGCGCGCUCACUAAGUGACUCAAAAUGUUUGCCUGUGCCCCCCCCCCCCAUGCCGUGACCCACGGUACAACACUCACUGUACAUAAUGAUACAAUAUAAUAAAUCGGUAUUACAUAAAGUGAAUUAGCUGUAUGCAAAUAAAUCUGAUUACUUAUUUUAAGAAACAA